UAGUAGUCGCUUUGUAAGAUUUUCCUCUAUACGUUUGCCUAACAGUGAGUUUGCGAACGGCGACCGGGUUGCUAGGUUUUGUGUGACUUCAUGACGGCCAUUACUCAAAUACCGACCAUUUACUUUCCGGUGAUAUGAAAGUCUGCCGGUCCUUCAGAAGGCAGUCGAUACUCGGCCUGGUGUGAGAGAUGAGAGAAAACCAUGUGGGCAACAUUGUGAAGAAAAGGAAGCAUGAUGCCAAACGACCUACGCAUGCAAAGAAAGAAUUUCUAACGCCGCCUUUGCAAGGUGCACAUACUACAUUCCAUCGUCGAUGAACUCACGCAGUGUGGCUGGCAUUAUGACGGGGAGACACAGCGUGACAAGCGACAGCACUGCUCCAGAAAAUGACAACUCUGACUCCGAACUCAUCGGCAUACCGGGCAUGUUAGAUGAACAGGAAAACCGGCAAAUACGCAAAAAGCCCCACUCUAAAGAAUUAGUGCGAGAAGGUGUUUGGUUGACAGAUUAUACCGUACCAAGGUUCAAUACAAAUUUACUCAGUAACAGUCUGAGUGCACGUCUGCGUCGGGCCGUGCCUGGGGAGCUUAUCAACAAUGCGGUGGUCAUGCACAAGAUAAAGCGGGAAAACAUGCGCGACAUGGUCAGAUUAUCUGCCCUGACGAAACAACUUGAGAGUGAAAUGCACAGACAGAAUUAUAUGCUACAAACCGAGGGACAUGAAAUUCUCAAAAGGCAGCAGAGACUUAGAAAAAAUUCCGUAGACAGUCGACUGAAAAAGGAAAAAUUGUCUUCUCAAGGUAGAUCAAAAUCUAUAGACACCAUUCGACUACCAAGUGUGUGUACUACUCCCGGAACGGCGUCAAAACCCCCAACGUCGGUGUCCCGAAAUACACAAAGUGCUCCCUCAAUAGAUCCAGCGAUAGAGCAAAAUGAAAUAACUAACGAACAACUGAAAGUUAGAUUUCAAACCCCUGCCACGGAUAGUGUUACCUCCACUGCCUCAAGUGACGAACUGGAGGAGAUGAACGUUGAAAAGGCAAUCGAAGCUAUCAGAAUUUCUCAAAAGGAAGCAUACUUAGAAAGGAUGAACAGCGAGUUUAAUUUUGCAAAACCCGUCCAAAGAGACCCAAGGCAGUUUAUUCACACCCCACAGUACGGCGUAAGAUACAGAGGAGUGGAUCAAAUCCACGGUCAAAAGGGAAUACUGAAGCGCCCCGUUUACGUGACAAAAAGCGCACCUGCAACAAUGGAGUCUCAGUUUACGAGGACCUCGGUCAGUCAAAACACAAAUCGCGGCGAUGGGACUAUCGGGGCAUUUAAGAUAGAUGCCGGCAGAUAUCUUAAAUUAGCCCGGCCUUCGUUUAAAUUUAACUGGCUUCCAGGUAAUCAACCCAAAAAAGUUCAGGGCGUGCACCUCGACUGGCAAGUCACCUCGACGCCUAAUUUAAACAGAGAGAGUUCCUUUGAUUUUGCUGACAGGAAGGCCAAGAAGUCUACCAUACCAGGAGAACUCAGCAAAGAGCUUCGCCCAGUAACAGCAGGUUUGAAUACGUUCGGGACAUCUGAAAAUAAAAUAAAAGCGAAAAUUCUAAAGCCUGGUGACAUAACCGGGACCGUUUCUAAAGUCUUACCAAGAGAACUGGAUAAUAAGUUGCCGAUUGUUAUGGCAAACAAAUUGAAUAAUAUGAUUGAACAGGAAAAGCAAGAUGUGGCCGACGAGGCCAAACCGUCGAGUCGAGCCUUAGGUGCUAUUUCGGAACUUUCCGUAAUUUCAGAGGGCGCUGUCAGCUUUUGCGCCUCCGACGGUUCAACAACGUAAUGAACUCCAAAACAAAAUCAAAGAAAAUAUUGAUGGGUCAAAUAACCAGGGCAAAACAUUUUCCGAAUUAUUUUUUAAAGAAAAACGUCCUGGGAAAAACACUUUUUCCAACGUAUUGCACCUUUACAGAUAGAGCCAACGAAUCAAAACUGUCUAGUCGGGCCGCACUGCUGGACUUAUGAAGCUACCCCGCUCAAUUUUAAAUUUGUUUGCACUUGUUAUUGUCGAAAACUUAACUAAAUAUUAGCAAGUGUAACAUAUUUGUACGCAUUUUUAUAUAAAGAACACUGUAACUCACGUUAGCCUAUCUUGCCAAAUUUUAUUUACAAAACCUCUUUCACACAUACGCAGAAUACGCAAAUCUGUUUUUAGUAAUUUUGCCGCGUUUUAACCACUUUUUAGUAUUGUUGUCUUGCAGUGUUAAGGAGAUCAAAAUACCUGUAUUUGUAUUUUAUAAUGUUUGUACUUUAGAGUUUAAUACUUGAUUUUUAUUUAAAUCUUCAGUUAUGUAAUGUUCUGGAAAAAUGACUGCUUGAUUAACCCUGACAAAUAUUGCUAUUUGCCAGUGACGCUCAUUAUCGCUCAAAGGACAGUAACUAGUCAGAAUGAUGUAAGUGUAAAGAUAUUGAUGCAAGGCGAUACUUAUGAAUAAAACAAAU